UUACGUGCCGCGCGUGCGUGGCGAGGACGGCUUUCUUCAGCGCGUGGCGCCCCCCGGCGGCGGCGCUCCCUCAAUGCGACGGCCUGGUUAACUCCAGCCAUGGAGCCGCCGCAGGAAGAGGCGCCAACGCUCGCGGAGUCCCUGCCUCGGCCUCCUGGGGCCUCGGGGUCGCCGACGCCGGACGAAGGGGAGCGGCCGGAGGGCAGCGCAGCGCUGGUGGCGGCUCCCGCGGGCGCCGACGGGGACAGCGCCGGCGCGGACGGGCUGUGGGGACUGCCGGUGGAGCACGCCGAGCGCAGGCCCGAGUGCAGCCGCUGCAGCCGGCCCCAGAAAGUGUGCUUGUGUCCAUAUCUACCAGUGCACCCACUCCAAAUCUCCACCCAUUUGUACAUAAUUCAGCAUCCGGCAGAGGAAAGCAAAGUCUUGCGCACGGUCCCUCUGCUAGCAGCGUGCCUGCCUCCUGACAAGUGCACAGUAAGGAUCGGCCGCCGCUUCAGUGAAGAGCGAGAUAAUGAACUUUCAACUGUUUGCCGGGACCCUGGUACAUUAAUAUUAUAUCCAGGGGCUGAAGCUACUAAUUUGGAAGAAUUUAUAUUAGAUUCUCCUGUUUAUCCUUCCACAAUCAUCCUCAUUGAUGGUACAUGGAGCCAGGCUAAGGACAUUUUCUAUAAGAAUUCCUUGUUCCGACUUCCCAAACAGGUGCAGUUAAAAACUAACAUUUGUAGUCAAUAUGUAAUUCGGAUGCAACCAACUAGCAGGUGCCUUUCUACCUUAGAAUGUGCUGCUGCUGCACUUUCCAUUUUGGAGAAAAAUAACUACAUACAAGAGGCUUUACUUCGCCCUCUUCAAGCGCUGUGUUCUUUCCAGCUUCAGCAUGGUGCUCAGAUUCGCCUCAGCAAGGAGUAUCUUCUGAAAAACGGCUUAUAUGCCAAGCCGAUGCCAAAGAACAAACGCAAACUCAGGAAGAUGGAGCUGUUAUUAAGCAGUGCGAAAAUUUAGCGCAGCUGUCCCCGUGUGCUUGUUCACCUGUCUAACUGCUAACUGACAAGACUUGGUCAGUUUUCCCCGGGGGCUAGGCUUGAGGGCUGUGACUCCGCAGAAGGAAUGCUGGCAGGCACUUGUGCAGAGAAAGGUGCUCCGCUAAACAGCAUCAGACAGCACACUUCCAGACACUCCGUGAAAGGCAAAGUUUCACAGUGUGUUGUCUUUUGUUUGGGUUUUUAUUUUUCUGAGACAGGGUUUCUCUGUGUAGUCUGUAGAUCGGGCUGGUCUUGAACUCAGAGAUCUACGUUCCUCUGCCUGCUGAGUGCUGGGAUUAAAGAUGUCUGCUGCCAUCAUCCAGAAACUAUAUUUGUUUUUCAAUAUGUGCUUCUAAUGCACUUUUCUUAGAUCUGUUCAAAAUACAAUUAGUUGUUGGUCUAGAGUAAAGAGUUGUUGUCUAUAAAAUGAAGAAAAUUAUGCCUGGGAACUGUUGUUUCCAUUAGUGUUUUCUAAUACCUACGUAUAUAUAGAUAAGUGAUAGGACAUACCCUGCAUUAUUUCAGCCUUACUGUGAAAUCAGGGUUACUUGUUUUAUUAAAUAAUGUAAAGGAAUAGGGAAACUACUGUUUAGGCUUGAACUUGGACUCAGUGAACGUGAUUUACACCUUCUGUAAUUGUCUGGAUUUUUACAUUUGAAAUAGCCUAUGUUCUCAUUGGGAGUCCUAAGUUUUAGUUUUCAGUGUUCAUUUACUGGUUGUGAUAAGAGGUUUUUGGUGAAGUUUCCAUAUGGAAAUGAUUGUAUAAUACAGUUAUCAUUUUGAGUACAUAUUUCUGUAAGUAGCUCUACUUAAAUUUUUUUAAGAGCAAAAGUUUUCAGUGUGGAAGAUUAAAUUUCCUCACACCAUUAGAAUAUUUGCUGAGAUUUUGUAUAGAGUAAGAGAAAUUUAUAACUUUAUAUUUAUAUACAAUUUACAGUUAAGUAAACACUUCGACAAGAUCAGGGUGUUUUCAUUUUGACCUUUGUUCAUGAUUACUACAGUUUCCUGAAUCCAGUGUUAAAUGGAAGGAAAAAUCAAGCGUGUAGUUUAGUGGUGAUUUUGAUAAAUACUGUGUGUGACACAAACAUACACUGGUUUCUGAUGUUUUUCAUGCUCAUUUCUUUAUUAUUGGCCCACAUUAGACACUCAUUAAUAGCUUGGCUGAUCCCAAUUAAAAUGCUAUAAAUAUGUGGCAAAUUAUGUAAAAAUAUUUAAAAAUAUUAAAAUUUAGAUUUGUGACUUCAAUUGCUGAUUUAUAUUUGCAUUUAAAAAUAAGUUGGCUUUUUAUAUUCUAAAUGUCUAGUAUCAAACGAUUAUUUGUAUAAUAAUGAAAAAUAAUAAAAUGUAUAAUGGUUUCA